AUGCCCAGCUUCGAUUAUGAAGAUUCCGAUAAGGAGGGUCUCACUCCCGCAGGAAAGACGACAUCCCCAUCAAAAACAACUAAGAACAGUCGUAGUGGUCCGUCGGACAGCGAAGACUUUCCCAUCGUCACCACCCGCCCCAGCGAAGACCACACGGUGACAACCAACCAACCUCAUAUUUCACCACUUUCGACGUGUUUGAUGGAGAAGUUACCUACACCAGUGGCCGCCGAGCACGCGCUGGGCAGUGGAGAGGGCGGAACCUUAGACUUUGAGACUCCAGUGCCUGCCGGGGAGGAGUUAGAAGCUCACCUCGCGGCUAUCCCUGUGGAUGAGAACGAAAUGGACGAGGAAUCAAAAGGUGACGUCGAGGUACGAGUCUGCACUCAUCCGACCCUCAAAAACAGUUCGAAUAACACCAUUUACGGUGAAUACGAUGCGGUGAGCGGCUCUCUACGGUCCACAGCUGCUUGCCCCGAGGUCGCCAGCGAGGAAAAUCGGGAAGAUGGGGAUGAUGAUCAAGAUGGCGCUGAGGAGGAACACGAUGAAAUGAGCGGCUCUCAACGUUCCACAGCUGCUCCCUGUGACGUUGCCAGUGAUGAGAACUCGGAAGAUGGGGAUUAUGACCAAGAUGGCGCUGAGGAAGAAAACGAUGCAAUGAGCGGCUCUCAACAUUCCACAGCUGCUUCCUCUGACGUUGCCAGUGAUGACAACCCGGAAGAUGGAGAUUAUGACCCUGACGCCGGCAAAAGCGAUAGUGACUCCGCAUCUGACUCGGAUGAAAGCGGCUCAACCAAUUCCGAUCGAAGCCAGCCAGGAGACAAGUCGGGGAAGACCGAGCCUGAAAAAGAAGAUGAAACAGAAUACGAGAGUGACUGGACCGAACUCGGAAGUGGGGUCGGCGACACAAUGGACGAAGAUGGGAACCGAGUUAUCAUUCCAGGCGUUUCCACUGAAGAGCAAAUGAAGGGUGUCUUAGCUGAUCCACGCUUCUCAAAGAAUCGCGUCAGUCGCAAAACUCGAAUAGACGCCAUGCUACACCGUAUACGUCAAGAUGGAAAUGCCGUGCAGAAUGUGCCAGAGAAGAAAUUAAAGGGAAUCGAACGAUACGAACCGGAAGAGGAUGAUGAGGUCGAGUGGUCGAUGAAACCAGUCGCCGACAACAUUGCAUUGUCCAGUUGGUAUGAGGGUACCAUCUGGAAGAACAUGCAAACUGGUGAACUUUGGCACAGGCCCAAGGGCAUGCCCCUGAAAGAGGUGGACAAGUUGAUCAAAGAGAAGAAUGCACAAGGGAAGGGGUUCUGGAAAGAGUGCCAAUACAAGCAUUGUCGCAAGAACGAAUUCUACGAUGUGGAGGAGGAAAAGGAGGUCCGUAAUGCAGGGAAGAAGUGGAAAGAUCUCAAGGAUGACUCUAGACCCGUAACGCUCUCCAAGAAGCGCAAAGCGGAUUAG